AAACCUGCAUUCAAUUUAACAGAUGUUCGCAUCCGUUUAACUGGUUCCAACGUGACAUACGCUGGACGAGUUGAAAUUUUUUCGUAUGGAGUCUGGGGACGUAUCGAUGGAUCUUCGUCUUGGGGUAGAACAGAGGCUGAAGUGGUAUGCAGGCAGCUUGGUUUCCCAGGUAUCGUCACGGCUUUGAAAUAUUCACCGUUUGGAGAAGGGUCUGGACCAGUCUUGAUGUCUUACGUACGUUGCACAGGAAGUGAGAAGACUUUACAACAGUGUCAGUACCGAAACUGGCUUGAGACUGAUGUCUAUGAAAACAGAGAAGUGGGAGUGAUAUGCAAGACCCAUGAGCUUGAUACUGAUGUCCGCGAUAUUUCAAUUCGCCUUCAGGGAUCCUCAAUUCCUAAUGCUGGUCGAGUAGAAGUGUUGUACGCAGGAAUUUGGGGAGCAAUCAGUGGAACCAGCUGGGAUAUAAACGACGCCACAGUGGUAUGUCGCCAGCUUGGUUACCAAGCUGGUGCAGAAGUAGCUUUAGCAAACGGUGUGUACGGGCCGGUCAGCGGUCUUGUGUGGAUUACUAAUCUUCGAUGCUCUGGAAGUGAAACUGACGUAAUGAGCUGCUUUCAUGAUGGGAUUGGUAACAAGUCUGAAUCGACAGACAGCUUUUCACUCUCUGCAAGAGAAAUGCCAACCAAAGAUGAUGAAAUGCCAGUUAGGUUACGGGGAUCUACUUCACCAAAUAUGGGACGAGUGGAGGUUUAUUACGCAGGAAUUUGGGGUUCAAUUUAUAGCUCCAACUGGGAUAUCAAAGACGCUACGGUUGUCUGCAAGCAGCUAGGAUACACCACAGCAUUACUGGCAGGAAGUCGAUUAUUUUGCUCUGUUACUGUGCCAUUUUUUUUUCGAGACUUCAGGUGUCAUGGAAAUGAAUCAGCGAUAGGUCGAUGUGCUCGGGAUUUCUUUGACUCCACCUGGUCAAGUUCUUACUGUGCAAAUGUUUUGUGCAGCGAUGGCACGGCUGACUCAGUUUACAGUAGCGAGACUGGAGGACCUGCACAAGAGUACACCACCACAGCACCAACGUUUCCCCCUCUAGAACAAAGAUUUGAUGUAAGGCUUACAAAUUCAGCUGUUAGGCACGCUGGUAGAGUAGAGCUUCGAAUUCAUGGGAUUUGGGGGACUCUUCAGUUGGUUCCAUGGUCAUGGUAUCACCACUAUUACAAUUUCCGUUUUGCUGGGGUGAUAUGCAGACAGUUAAACUUCUCUGACAGUAUCCUUGCAGUUAGCUGGGCUGCGUUUGGACCGGGAACAGGCCCUCAGUGGUAUGACACCAGGGAUAUACAAUGCCUUGGAGACGAGAGUAGUUUGCAAAAUUGCACUUAUUACGACCAGCCUCAAUUAAGGACUGGAGAUCAUGACUAUGAUCUCAGUGUUAUUUGCAAACCAAAUAAUGCACAAGCCAAUGAUUUCAAGGUUCGCUUGACGGGAUCCAAUCUAACUUUUGCCGGUACAAUCGAGGUGAUGUAUUAUGGAGUCUGGGGAGGAGUGUUUGGCCGUGGUUUUAUUGAUGUUAAUGCAGGCCAUGUGGUGUGUCGUCAGCUGGGAUAUCCAGGCGCUGAUAAAAUUUUCAAAUACACAGCUUUCGAACGAUUAAAAGGUCCAUUGUGGAUAUGGACGAUACAUUGUAAUGGGAAUGAAUCGAACAUCUCAGACUGUGCAGUGACGACGUGGGAAAACCAAUGGAUUCAUGGAUAUUACCAACGUCCACGUUUUGCAGCCGGAGUAUCAUGCAGACAGGCAAAUUUCAACUCAUCUCAAAUGUCGAAUGUGAGGCUCAUUGGUGCUCCAAUCAGUAAUGCUGGACGGGUAGAAGUGUUUUACGCCGGAGUUUGGGGGAAAAUAGAUAGCUCAGGGUGGGACUUCAAUGCUUCUCACGUGAUAUGCUGCCAGUUGGGGUACCCUGCGAGCCUUUCAUCUGGUCAUAAUAAUCAGUUUGGUUUGAGCACAGGGCUAGAAUGGUUCAGGAACGUUAGAUGUUUUGGUAACGAGAGCAAUUUAGGAGAAUGUACAAGAGAUGUGUCUGGUUAUAUUUCCAGUGGAUCAAGGACUGUAACAGUAUUAUGCAAGUUACGAUAUCAAGCAGAUAUCUCUUCAAAAUGCUUGGAUGUCAAAUGUCAACACCAAGGAACCUGCAUUGAGACCGGAGGUGGUGCUAUUUGCAACUGCACAGAAGGAUUCACAGGAAUCCAUUGUGAAAAAUGUGAGUGA